AUGGAUUCUACUGGCACAGCGCAGAUCAUAAGCGCGUUGGAGGUUAUCUAUUCUUCUAAGUCAGAUAAUAACCAGAGGUUGGUGGCGCAGAAGUUUUUGGAUCAGGUAAAAAACCACGAAGAAUCGCCGUUCUGGGGAUAUGAUAUAGCAUUGAACAAUUCGGGCAAUCCGAUACUGAAGUAUUUUGGAUUGGGGUUGCUUGUGGGUGCAUUGCAGAGGCAUUGGAAGGGCUAUGACGCCGAGAAACAAACGGCGCUUAGAAAGUGGAUCAUAGACUUAAAUUACAGGGUUACUGGUGAUGACCCUCGUUACAUAAAGGAAAAACUUGCAUUCUUGUGGGUGGAAGUUGCGAAGCGCAUAUGGGGAGAGGCCUUGAAGGAAACGGCUGUAUCAGAUGAAUCUCUAGCCGAUUCGUGGGUUGACAUGGAUCGGAAUCUUGUGGAGUUGUGGCAUCUAAAUGAAGCUUCUCGGGAACUGGUCUUAAUUAUAUUCAGAGUUUUAUUCGAGGAUAGCUUUUUGUUGGAGGAUCUAACGGUGUUGAAGAGAAUAUCAAUUGUUCAGCCGCUUUGUAUAAUGAUUGUUUGCCCGAUGAAUUUAUUUAGCGAGCAUUACAAGCAUUCUGAGAAGUGGAGUCUUUUCAAGAGUAAUAAUGAAGGUUGGUUUGGAGUUUGGGUUAAUGAACUUCACCAAGCUCUUGAUAGUAACAACGAGCAAUAUAUUAUGAGACUGUUAGAAACAUUGAAGACUUGCUUGAACUGGCCGAUAAGUGAGAUAAUUAUGCGUUAUGAUAUAUUUGGUGCAUUGUUAAAAUGUUUACUAUCUAAGAUCCCUAAAGCGCAGGCAAUUGCUUUGGACUCGAUACAUAUUCUUUCCACCAGGCCGUAUCACUCUCAGUCACAAUAUGACUACUUUUUUAACAAAGUUUUCGAGAGCAUGGAUGUAUUGGACAAGGUCUAUGAUGAUCUUCAAUUCAACCCGGUUGAUGGUGUUGAUGAAGCCAAGUACCCAAUUAUAAAAAAAUUUGCCGAUAUGAUAACCUGUUUACAUAAGAGCAUUUUGAAAUUCGAUACUGACAAUAUAAACGCCAAAACUUAUCUCCGUCUAGUUCUAAAGACGACAUACAAUCCUAGUUUGAUAGUCAGUGGAAUUUCUCUCGAUUUGUGGUGUGCUUGCCUUCGAAAUGAUGAUUUCUUACCAUAUUUGGAGAAGUUGGUGCUCCCGGAUUUAUUAGAAUUUUCAGCCAAUGCCCUCAUACAUUAUGAGCAAAUAGAGGAUCAUAUUUCGAAAGUUUAUGCUGAUGUCGACUUCCAGUCGAUAGCUGAUUACAACAAUUUCUGUUCUACCUACAGAAAAAGAAUUAGGGACGUUAUAAGGCUAAUAUCAUGCGUGCAGAUGGACUAUGUAUACUGUUGGUUGUGUUCGAGACUGAAUAACUACUUCAGCUCAAGCUAUGGGCAGGAGGUGUUGGGCUCGACGUUCCUCAACCAUAAGGCAGAACCUUAUUGGAGCUCUUUAUCACAGUUAAUGAUUGUAGAGUGUUUCAUUAACGGUUGUAUACGUUGGAAAAUUUGGUAUACCAAUGAAGAGGAUUAUAAUGAGAAAUUGGAUACUAUUUUGGCUAAGAUUGAGACCCUGUCCAAUCAAUUGAUAUCAUUGAACUUGAAAGAUCCUCUAUUAUUGAAAAAGCAAAUACAAAACUUGGCAUUAUUCCUGACGAUCUUAAAGGAUAACGUAUUGUUCACACUGUUAGAGAAAAUUAUAACCAGUGCCACUAUGACUUAUCCGGAUAUAAAUAUAGAAGAGAAAAGUGAAAAGUCCGAUGCUGUUCGUGAGUUAAGGUACGCAUGUGGUAUUGAAUUGAAUAGGAUGGCUUUGUUAAUGCCUGACUCAUUAAAAAAUAUUUAUUCUGAUUUAGAAAAUGUGGUUGCCAAUAUCCUGCCAAAAUUAAAUUCUCAUGAAACCAUCUCUUUCAAGUCCUUUUUACUAAGUAUUGCCUUAUCAUCAUCGAUAAAUGAUAAGGACGAAAAGUUUUUUGCAAUUGUUGAUCCAGAACUAGCAGCCUGGUCCGACAAAAGCACUGUUGUUGGUUUAACUGAUUUACCAUGGUUUUUAGAGAGGCUUGGAAUUGUGAAAAUAGCUGAAUAUUUUCAGAAAAGGGGGAUCAAUGAGGACAGCGAUCUCCUAGCUAUUCAAAUCGAUGAAGAAGGCAAACAGUUAAAAGUUGAUUUAACCAAGCAUUGGCAAACACUUUUCCCUGUCCGUGCUACAAGAAUGUUUAUUCAUUAUUCGAUGCAGACAGUGAAAACGGAUGAAGAUUUUAAAAAGUUGCAGGAACUAUGGAAACCUAGGGUUGUGCCUAUAUUGCCAUAUAUUCUUCGGUUAUUAUAUCAGUUACAGUCAUAUCAUAAUCCAUCGAACUGGAAGGAUCUUCCGACUGUGGUACAAUCUUUUGUUAAGUAUUCUACAAUUGAACGUUUUUGGGAGGCAGGUGCCACCAACAAAUCGAAAGAUGAAUUUAUUGAUGAACACAUGAAGGCUUUACAAACGGUUCGAGACUUCGCUGAUUCUGUGGGGCACAUUGUCAGAUACACUAGGGAAUAUGUACUUCUUAUUUUAAGUGGUAUAUCCAGCCUCGGUAGUGUAUUCUAUGAGAUCGAAGACUUACCGAAUCUUUUAAUCAAUUCGGUCGCAAUAUAUGAGCCUGGAUCCAAUGAGAUUAGUCCUGGAGUUUCUACGCAUGGUUGGAAGCAUAUAAUUAAUGUUGCAAUUCGUCCUAUUUUAAAGGGCUGUCCAGCUGAAAAUGCUCCAACGUUUAUGUCUGCAUUCUUACCAAAAUUAUUUGACACAAUAUACAUUAUAUUAAGUCAAAAAUGGUCAGCACAUGCUAACAAUUCGAAUCUAGAAUCGGCACCAGUUGAUGACGACGAAAUGACCGAGGAGAUUUUGGAAGAGAAUUUAUUGCGUCAAUUGACUACUGUUGUAGUACGCUUAUUGAUAGACUGCGUUGGACAACUCGGCGUAACCGCCCAAACUUCGAAGCUCAAGUUAAAUUCACACCAAGUUAAAAUGAGGCGGAUUAUCUUUGGUGAUGUAAACACUAUGGCUUCGUUUUUGAAAUUACUGAACUAUUUGAUCUCAUGCAAGGAUAGCAAGUGUUCUUUCAAUGCUUUGUUAAUUAUAAAAAGUAGUUUAACAGAGACAUUACUAAAGAACGAAGAGAUCGAUAGGUUUUAUGUCACAGAAAUUCUGCCCAACUUUUUAUUGAACGUCUUAACGCAAAGUGCAUUCAAAGAUUCAUUCCAUGAAGCUAUGUACGUUUUCACUGUUGCAUUCUUAACUUUAUGCAAGGAACGUGAAAGCUGCAGAGAAUACUUCUACGAGUUAUCUCAUGGAUACGAUAUAGAAUCCCUAUACGAUAGCUUGAGAAGUGUUGAUAACUACAAAGAUCAAAAGGUCUUGAUGGUUGAUUUCAUUGAAUGGAUUAAAACCAUCAAUAAUGAUGCGAGCCAGGAUGUAGCAGAUGAUAGCAAGAAGCAGGAGAGGAGAGCAGCUGUUUUGGCAAAGGCAAAUGAAAGAUUGGUUAAGAAAAAUAAGUAUCAAGGGGAUAUGCUAGAUGAUCCAAACACAGAAGAUGGUGCGUUUGGUCAUCUAUUCGGCGACCAGUAG